UUAAAAAUUAUUAUAUGUGAAUCCAGAUCUCAAUUAAUAUUUUCCAAGACAUCGGACUAAGUUACUACGUAACAUCUUAUUACAUAAGUAGGAUAUAUACAAGGAGUUUAAAUUCAUAGUAAAAGAUGGCUUCAAUAAAAUUAGUAUCGUUCGAGGAAGAAUUAAAGAAGAAUCCGGAAUUGAAAGAGUCAGAUAUACAAAUAUUGAGAGAAUGGUGCAAAAAGCAGACUCAUCUACCUAAAAUUUCAGACAGCGAAUUAACAUUGUUCUUGCAUAGUAAUUAUUAUCAAUUCGAGCCAACAAAAACUACUAUCGAUGUUUUUUUCACAGUCAGGACUCGCAUACCUGAGUUCUUCUGCAAUCGAGAUCUUAACGUCAAAGCAGUAAAAAAAGUAACCGAGACGGCAACGGUUCAAAUUUUGGAAGGAACUACUAAAGAAGGGUACAGAAUCAUUUAUGGAAGUCUCAUAGAUGGCGAGCCAUCGAAUUUUGUUUACUCUGAUAUAAUUAAAUUGUUUUUUAUGGUAAUCGAUUUAUGGCUUUAUACGGAGGGCACUUGCAAUGGCCAUAUAUUAAUACUCGACAUGAAAAACAUGUGUUUGGGACACGUCGCUCGUAUGAAUCCUAUAACUCUAAAGAAAUUCUUUUACUAUCUACAAGAUGGAUUACCUGUUAGAUUGAAAGCAUUCCAUGUGAUGAAUGUUUCUCCAGCAGUAGACAUCAUUUUCAAUACGUCGAAACCUUUCAUGAAAAAACAACUGCUGGAUAUGUUAUAUAUGCAUACCACAAACGACACUCUGGAGAAUUUCGUGUCAUUAGAAAUUCUUCCAAACGAAGCAGGUGGUCAAGCUGGUCCUAUGAUGGAAUUACAUAAUAAAGAAUUGAAAAAACUGGCAGAUCACGUUGCUUGGUUCCAAGAUGACGAAGCUAAUCAUCGGGUUAAUGAAUCGCUACGACCGGACAAGACAAAGAUAGCAACAGAUUUAUUUGGCAUUGAAGGAAGUUUUAAGAAGCUCGAGAUUGAUUGAAAUAAUGUUUUACAACAUUAAUUAACUUUAUUUUUAGUGCGAUAGCAAUAGUUUUCGAAA